CCCUUCUCAUUUCAGUUGCUCGCGUUCUGUUCUCGUCUGCCUUUCUUUCUUCUCCCUCCAAAGUUGGAAUAUAUCCGUAACUCAACAUACAUACACAUUUUUGGAUUCGAAGAUGUUAUUUUUUUCGAGGAAACAAUAAUAUUUUUUAUUAUAAGGGAUCUUUUUUAAAUCAACUCUCUAGCUGAGAACUUCAAUGUGGAAAAUAAAUAGGAAGUGCAAUUGAUGCAACUUUCGAAGACGAACCAUAGAAAAUAUACCUUUUCUCGCCGAAAAUGAUGUACUUCAUCGUUUAGCAUCAAGAGAACGUCAUUUAAUCCCACCUUUGUCUAUUGAAUUCUCAUAAUGAGUUAUUUAUUUUGUUGAUAAAAUGGUCCAUCAGAAUAUAUUCCACACACACUCCCUCCUGACAUAAAUUAUGUAUACUUCAAAAUAAUCAAUCUUUUAUCUCGGAUGUGUCAUAAGAAUCAUAACUUUUCUACAGUUUUAAAAACUUUAAUAUAAUUGACAUAACCUCGACAUGUGUCAAAGUUGCGUGAUGGUUCUUAUUAACUCUCCAAAGAAAUAGGUUAGUUGAACUAUCAAACUUGAGAAAAAAUGACAAAGUUUAUACACAUACAUACAUAGUUUGAGAAUAAUUUAACAUCAACAAAAUCCCUUCGAGAAACUUAAUUUAAUUUUGAUAAUCGAAAAACGCGGAUCAGAAAAAAAUGAGGCGAAAGGCGGGAGUGGGUGCGAUACAGAAGCAAAAAUUGGAGCAGGAAAAAUAUCGGGACAAGAGCACAGAGAUUCAGGAGAACCAGUUCGAGCAGAUGACGAAGCAUAUGGAGAUGUUUCGCGUGAAUUUAGAGGAAUUCGCGUCGAAGCACAAAAACGAGAUAAAAAAGAACGCGCGUUUCCGUCGUCAAUUCACAGAAAUGUGCGCUUCCAUAGGUGUGGAUCCGCUGGCAUCUGGCAAAGGAUUCUGGUCGGUGCUGGGUAUCGGUGACUUCUAUUACGAACUCGCUGUCCAGAUUGUAGAAGUAUGCAUGGCAACAAAUUACAAGAAUGGUGGCUUGAUAUCAUUAGACGAGCUGAGAACACGCUUAAUUCAAGCCAGAGGACGCAGAAAGGAACAUCAGGAAAUCACUAAUGAGGAUCUGUUAGCUGCCGCAAAGAAGUUGAGGAUAUUUGGAAAUGGCUUCUCUGUAGUUCCUAUCGGUAGAGGAAAACAUUUAGUGCAGUCAAUACCCGGUGAACUCAGCAUGGAUCAUACUGCAGUAUUACGCCAGGCCAGUUUAUCCACAAAUGCUUAUGUCUCCAAAUCAAUUUUAUGCAAAGAAUUAAGAUGGGAAAAGGACAGAGCGCAGAAAGCUUUGGAUCAUAUGAUGAAGGAAGGAUUGGCUUGGUUAGAUGAGCAAAGCGAAGAUGAGAUAUUGUAUUGGUUUCCCAGUUUAUUCACAGCUUGCAUUGUCUCCAAAGAAUAAACUUUGUAUCAACCUAUCAACAUAUUGUUAUCAGAUAAGUAGGAAAAAUUUUAAAGAAAAACUAAUGUUGCUUGAGAUUUGUAUCUCUUUAUUAAAUAAAAAAAUCGAUUAUCCUAUAA